CACUAUUUGUAUCUUCACCAUCUUGAAGCAAUACUCGCACAUGAUUGGCGGGCCAGUUUCCAUGAGGUUGAAGUUUAAAGCCGGCAUUGCAUUCGAGACCUGCACAGUGGUAGCAGAAUUGGGUAACACAUACCUGGAACUCCCGGGGAAAUUCACUUAUCCUUCGUCCCUCUUGACUUCCUCCCACAGACACACAAGCAGAAUAUCGUGAGGCAGUUUAUCAAGAAGAAUAAUCAUCAUGCCAGUUCUCCCCUCUGUCGAAAGCACCUCCUUCAACGCCGACCUCCGGAAUCGUCACCUCAUCUACGACUAUGCUGCCCACGACGGCAAUGGCGAUCCCGAGAAAUGGCGAUACGAGAUGUGGUUCUAUAACGAAGACCGUAUCGUCUAUGCCAUCCACGGCGGACCGAUGGCCGGCCGCAAGAACUUCCAGACGGCCACCUACCAAUGCAUCCGACCGGGCGAGCUCUGGCAGUGCAAUUGGCUCGAGGAGACUGGCACCAUCUGUUCGCUGGUGUAUGACAUUCCAAACAAGCGUAUCACUACCUUGUUGGGCUUUUCUAAAGGUCAUUGGAUCGCUUUCCUCUAGUGCAUCGGUCCUUUGUUC